CAUUCUUUACCACCCAUAAUAGUAUGUGAAGAUGUAAGUGAGAAAUCAUCUAUGAUUGGUUGCAUAACUCUUCCCAAAAACACAUGUAUCGUCCUCUUUCAGGCGUUCCCAAACGGUCAUACACAGACCCAACUGUCGAGAGUUGUUAGAGCAAUACAGAGAGUAUAAUGUUGCUCUGUUCGACUGUCACUCCUCACACUCCUCGCUUUAACCCUAACUGUAGCAUCUGCAAUCCACUCUUCUGCCCCAACGCUCACAAACUACACCGCACUGUUUGCAGAUCAAACACUACCACUUACAACAGACCAUCUAUUUCUCUCACCACCACCAACGCUUCUUCGCCUUCUCUCGCCAACGGUUCCUCCGAAAACUCCAUUCUUCAAAAUCCAAACCCUAACCCUAAUCCUAAAACGCUCCAUCAUGUGUGUCUCGAUGAUGAAGACGGAGGCAGCAGCAUGGUCUCCUCCGCCUCCGCCGUCGCGUCGGCCAUACGCAAGGCCUCCACUUCCCCUAUUGAGUUCAUUCAGAGGAUCGAGAAGGAUGGAAAGAACAAAGGCCUGGUCCUACCAAGUCCCGAUUUUCAGAGACUCUGUAUCGAACAGUUGGACCUCUUUCGCCGAAUCGUCGAUCCCGAUGCUCUCCUUUCAAUCUAUGUAAGACCAGCUGGUAGUUAUGUCAUGGAUCGCUUAGAGCUGCGUCGAGUUACUUUCUAUCCAGGUGUCAAUGCAACCGAUAUUGUGAUAUUAGUCGGUAAUUUUAGUAUUCCGACGGGAUUAAGAGCAGCAGAAGCUUUCCUUUCAAAUCAACAAGCAGAAUUUAUUCCAGAGUGCAGAGCUGUGGUUUUUCCGAUGGUGAAACAUCCAUUUGUUGUGGGUUUUUUGGUUGCCGAGCUUCCAAAUAUCGAAUCAGAAAGGGAAGGGAUUGAAGUAGAAAAGUGCCCAUACUCUGAGAAAUCUUUUUCUUUGCCUCCGUCUGUGGAUAAGAAGUCGUGGGAAAUUCGAACUCUCAAGGACAACCAACUAGAAAUGUGCAAGUUCACUGCUGAUCAGAGAUUAAAUGCAGUUAACAUUUCUCACUCUCUUGCAAUGGCAUAUGUUAUGGAUCAGAAAGCAAUGUUACUACAGCAAUCAUCGUGGCAAAAUAAUGUUAGGAUGAGUAAUUUGGUUGAGCAAAUUCGUGGUCCUCUUUCUAGCAUUCGGACAUUGAGUAAAAUGUUGUCUGUUCACAUGAAAAGAAGUGAGAUCUCUUAUGAUAUUGUUAAUGAUAUUAUGGUGCAAGGUGAUCGCAUGAAAGAUACCCUUCAACAACUUCAGGAUGCUGUCUACCUGACAAAGGCUAAUAUAGUGCGAUAUAAUGAAGAAACGUUGGAGAAAAUGGAUCACUCAACUGAUCCCCGUCCUGAAUCUGUAAGGUCUCAAAUGUCUGAUUACACUUCCCAGGAAAGUUCUGUUGGUAAGAUGCAAGAAUCUGGUGGACCCCUUCCUCUCACUUUUGCAAAUAAGGAUUUAGAGAUGCCCAUGCCGCCUCUUGCUCUUGCACCUGUAAAACAAGAAGGAAUCAGACCAUGCAAUGUUUCUGAUGUACUGGCAGAUAUGGUUGGCGCCGUGGAGCCUCUAGCUCGUAAACAGCAACGUGUGGUGGAGCUAUGUGCACUUUCACAAUCUUUGCAAGUUGCUGUAGAAGAAUUUUCUCUUCGCCAAGCUUUGAGCAAUCUAAUUGAGGGUGCUUUGCUGCGCACAAAUGUUGGGGGGAAGGUUGAAAUUGUGUCUACUGGAGCCCCAGCAGGUGGUGUCCUUGUCAUAAUUGAUGAUGAUGGGCUGGAUAUGCACUAUAUGACUCAGAUGCAUUCACUUACACCAUUUGGGGCAGAUCUCUCAUCCAAGGGUAUGGUUGAAGACAACAUGACAUGGAACUUUGUUGCAGGGCUGACUGUUGCUCGAGAGAUAUUGGAGAGUUAUGGCUGUGUUGUUCGUGUCAUAUCGCCACGGACCACAGAGGCUGCACAUGGAGCAGGGGGAACCCGCAUUGAACUCUGGUUCCCUGUUUCAUCUGAUCUUAUUGAACCUGCUAUGGAGGUUUAGCCUGUACAUUGGCAGAGAUAAUUCCACCGAAUGGAACCUCUUUGCAUUCGAUAUGAGAAUUCUACACGAAUGAGGCGAUGUGUGCUUUGCCUAUUCUUGAUGCUACCUUGUAAUUUUCAGGGAUUUUGUAUAGUUCCAUGUUAUUCUUAGUGCUAUUUGUUCACUGUAAAUGUUGUAAAUAACAUGAUAAUAGGGAAUGUUUGUAAGUUGUAACUAUAAAAUUAUGCAUGAAAGGUUGAAUGAAGGAUAAAUGUAACUUUGUGAUGCUUGAAUGAGAGUAUGAGACUGACUGUUGUGGAUCAUCUCUAGAUUCAAAGGCAGUCCAUUUUGUAGUAAGACAGUCAUUUUCACUUUAUUGACAUUGAUGUUAUGUUUGGAAGCA